CAAAAUAAUCCACACGUUAAUGCUACCUGAAAAAUCACGUAGAUGAAAGAAAAUGAACUCAAUAUUGAAUUUAUCUGUCAAAGGUAACAAUUAUUGCACCUUUGGUAAACAUUAUAUGUUGUUCCUGUAUUGUUCACUGUGACUACUUAGUGACUCUUACGUGAAAAACCCGUACUCGCUGUGUGAUUCAUUUUGACAGCUUCAUCUCGCGUUCAUUCCCCAAGUUAUUCGACAAAAUGGCGUCUGUUGAAAACAAACUACGAGUAUUGCUGGCGGAUUUGGAAAUCACACAACAUUUAUUGCAGAUAUUCGAUGAGUGUGGAAUCGAUUUUCACGAUUUGCUGAGUAUUACGGCCGAUAAAUUCCGUGCAUCGUUGGAACCAACAAAAAUAAAUUGGAAAUAUCCGGUACUGCAACAGUUGGUGUCUUCCUGGAGAACGCGAAACGUAAGUACAUGUGCACUUCUCUGUGUAUGCCAUGUAGGUUGUUUACUAAGGUAUUUCAACUUUUCACAGGAAUCUCAAAUUGCUGAUUUUCUGAAAUCCUUGGAGCAACCAUACCGCCUUCGGCUUACCGGUGAGGUGAGCAUCAUUCCGUUUACGUCUACUGCUGUAUCAUCAGACACCACGACCAUCACAACCCAUCAGUUUGCUACGAACGGACCGGCAUGUGAAUUCGAUUCAGACGUUCCAAUUUCCUCAAAUUCAUUUGUCGGGACACCAGCAUUUAUUCCAACGCAAAAUGUAAACAAUACGGACGAUAAUUUUGCUACUACUUCAGUCACCGGAAGUUCAACUUCCAUGCCACCAGAGUAUGUACUAACGCCAUCCACUGUUCAUGUAAAAGCUGCAGCAGCUGCUGAUUCCAAGGCUGUCAAAACUGCGGACGCAUACUCCCUGAUCAAAACAACUUUACCGCUCCAGACAAGCAACCACUAUGAUGUUAAGAAAGCUGCAGCAUCCGAAGAAAAUGAGCUCCGAAAGCUAACUGAACUCGAAUCGAUAGUCAUUGGUUUACCAGAAUCGUUGGAAAUAACUUACACGAAGCCGGAUGAUCCGCCUGCGGUUGAGUUGAAUACUGCUCCGCCGUUGUUUGCGCCUAUCAACACUACAAGUCAAUACUACUUUGUCGGUGAGCAGAUAUAUAAAGUUGAAGCAAGAGACGAAUCCGACCCGGACUAUACAGCGGCAUCCACAUCAGCUAGAAACGGAAGCGAUUAUACGGCGGUAUCCAUUUCAGCGAGCGGUAGCUCCGAAUGCACAGCACCGGUCUAUGUCGUAAAUUCUCCUGAUAGUGCGAAUGUAACAGAUGGUACUUGUGAUACAAACGAUAGUAUUACAUCCAUUUCUGGAAAUGAGUCUAAUGUGCCCAAUGAAUCUAGCCUUGGCAUUUGCCAGCCGACAGAAGAUGGGAAAAGCUUGAAUGAAGCAGAGCAAUGUCAACAAAAAGUCCUCUUCAAUCAAUUGUACUAUCUAAUGCCAUUGGUUCUUCAAAGACGAUUUCUAACAAUAAUGAUAAUCUACCACACGAGUGCAAUGUGUUUUCAACGAAAACCUUGGAACAGUUGCUGAAACGCUCCGAAGAAGGAAAGGAAAUUUUGCAGUACGGAAUCAAAUCUGAGCUUUCGGAAGCGAAGCAGUUAGAACUCUCUAGUAUUAUCGCCAAACAUCAUUUGAGUACGAGAAGUAAGCUACUAACCGAAGACCUCCGAACAUACGCCUUGGCAGUGACAACUCUAUUCAAGUUUGAGCGAUUGGAAAACUACUUCAUCUCAAGAAGCGGUGAUAGAAAGAACCAUGGCGGAAAAAUAGCCAACAAGAUUGGCAAUUUAAAGCAGAGAA